AUGGCUUGUAUAAAUGAAGGUAACUCAAUUACCCCACGAGUUAAAUUUAAAACCAUAAGAAAAAUAAAUGAUCAAAAAUAUAUGUCAGAACAAGCAUAUUUAGUACCUGAGAAUGAUGGGACAGCAGUGUAUAUAAGUUACGAAUUAAAUAAAACUUUGGAAAGAAUAUUCCAAAGAUAUUCAACAAAUGGAAAUAUGAACGUUAACGAAUUUGUUAAAAUGUGCUAUGAUUACAACUUGCUGCCUAAGUAUAAAUACAAAGACAUCUUAUGUUAUAUAUUCCGGUUAUCGAAAUCCUUAAAAGUUGGAUAUAUAGAGUAUAAACAUUUUUUUCAAGUACUAGAAAGAUUGAGUGCAUUUCUAUUUCGUAAAUUAAUUAUGACAGAACAAGAAAAGUUUAAUGUGCUAAUAAAACAUUUGACAUGCCAAAAAAUUGUGCAUGAAAAAGCAACGAAGGAGAGAUAUAGUGUUGGUAUUCAAACUCAUGUGAAAAAAGAAUGUAAAGGGACUAAUGCCGUUUGUGAUAUGAGAGAUAAAUGUUGUGGUACAUUUGUCGAGGUAAAAGAUAGAGGCACUAUGACUGAAAUGGAUGAUGUAAAUUAUUAUGAUAAAAAGGAAGAUAUAAAAAAGAAUAUAGACAUAUUAAAAGAUAAUAUUAUAUAUAAUGAUCAUAAUGAUGAUCUUAAUAAUACUUUGAAUGAUGGUGAUAAUCACAAUGCUAAUAUUUUAAAAUCACAUGCUUCUUCUAAACAAUAUACAAAUAAAAUGAAUUCUAUUAAUAGUGAUGAUAUAACUAAUAAAUUGAAAGAAGAAAUUAGUAAUGCAUUAAAAAUUAUUGAUGACAAAAAUAUGGAAAUUGAAAAUAUUUACAAAAAAAAUUUAGAACAAAUAGAAAUAGAAAGAGAAAAAAUUAAUCAAUUACAAGAAGAAAUAAAAAAAUUACAAAAUGAAAAAAAUGAUCUAAUUAAAAAACAUGAAAAUAAGAAAAUUAAUGAUAAGGACAUUAAGAACAAUGAUGAAUUGAAUACGAAUAAAUUAGAACAAAAAGAAUCAAUUGUGCUUAGAUUAAAAAGACUAUUAAUAUUAUCAGGGGAACAAGAAGCAGAAUUGAUUAGAAUCUUUUCAAUUUAUAGUAUUUACUGUGGGGGUAUUGCAGAGUAUGUUAUGAACAAAAGGCUUUGUGCUAAUUUUUUGACCACAUUUUAUUUAUUAAAGAAAAAUGGAAAGAAUAAGAAUAAGAUGGCCCUGGAUGUUAAAGAUGCUGAGAGAUUAUUUAACGAAGUAUCAUAUAAAAGAGAAUCUUUGGAAAAAGUUGAUAUUGACGAAGAAGGGUUAACCUAUUUUUACUUUAAACUAUUUCUUAAUAACAUAGGUAAAUUCUUUUACCCAGAACUAACCGAGAGGGAAAGCUUCUUAGAGAUCGUAUUAAAUUAUGUAUUAAACCUUAACAAAAAUGGGGGUGUUAAAAAAUGGAAGGACAUGAAUGAACAGAUUAAAAAGAAAAACAAAAUGAGGAUAACUUAUGAUUCCAAUGAUCUACAUACAUUUGAUGAAAAAAUGGUUGGAGGAUAUACAAGCAGUGAGAAGAGCAUUAAGCAUCAUAACUUGGAAAAAAUAAAGACGCUCAUUAAAAAUAAUUCACAUAUGAAAAGCGAACAGAAAAUUCUUAAUGAUAAUCUCACCACAGAUUUAUCGUUCGAAUAUCUUGAAUCUAAUAGUGCCAAGAAAAAAGAAAAAAAUAAAAUCAACGGAAAAAGUAUAAAUGCAAGGAGAAUAAUAAAUGUGGAAAAAAAUACUAAUAUGGAAAAAAACAUAUAUGUUGAUAAAAGGAAAAAGAUGAAGAAAAAAAAAAAAUUUAUAAAUAUUCCGAACUAUUUAAAUGAAUAUGAAAUAUAUGAUAAACAAAACAUUUAUGAAGUAAAUAAUGAAUUAAUAGAUUCUUUAAAAUCUAUACCAGAAGAUAAAUAUCAUUAUUUUAAAACAUUGAAGCCUACAAGAACAAAAUUUUCUACCUUUAAAAAAGAUUCAAAUGAAAGUCUUUAUGAUAUUUUGCCUUUAUAUGAUAUUCAAGGAAAAGUAUGGCCUUCCAAAAUGAACCCCAAAAAAAAGAGUAUUCCACAGUUUGGAAUGGAAUAA